GUCUCUGGUCUACUCAGAAGGAAAGCCAGUUGCGGAAUUCUCUGGCGAGCGCAUACACAAAACUGCAGCCUGCCUUAGACAACUGUAAAGCAUUGUGCAAUUGGAGGGGGCGGGUCUUGAUGAUGUGCGGGGCGGAGAAGAAGCGAGGCCGCCCACUCGAAUCAAACACGGCAGCUGGAGCGCCGCGGACCCCAGAUACCUUCUGUUGAAACGGGUAGCCGCCUCGUUUGGGAAGCUGGCUGCGUCGGUGGGAGUCAUGGAGGACGCGGAGAAAGGCGCUCGCGGCAAGCGGGAGACCGUCAAGAUCGGAGGUGAGACGAGCUGAGGCUUGCAAAGUUGGGGCAGCCCCAUCCUUCUUCCUUUCUUUUUUGGUCGAGGCUGGGGGUACGAGCAGAGCUGGGGGAAGGAAAGGCAGACAGCCUGGUUCUACUCAGAGUAGUCAGACCGACUCAAAUGAACAGACAGGACGAACUUGGGUCCAUUAAUAUAACUGGGUUUAUACUAAGUUGGCUACACACCUGUUGCUUUCGAGCAUGCACAGGGUGUGCCUGUUUCAGCUUCCGAUAAUCGCACCCUAAAAUGAGUACUUAAAAAAAUCUGGAGGUUUUGAGAUAGGGGCGAAAGGGGCGUGCAUGAGCGUGCGAUUUCCGUUUAGGGGAGGCUCGGUCUAAGCUACGGCGUCUGACGGUCGUAGUCUUGCUUUCUGCGGUGAAACACAGGAAACGCUGAGAACCUCAGAUAAUGUACAAAUGUUACCUGCUUUCCUCUGGAGGGAGUUUAUUUGGGUGGGUGUGGAUGAGAGCACGCCUGCGGUGAAGGUACUCCUUGGCCUCGCUUUGCAGGAGGGUUCAUGGUCUUUUGCAGGAGUUUGAAUCUUCAGAAUCUUCUACUUGCUUGAAAAUGGAUAAGCCCUGUAGCAGGAGUUGAGGUUCAUGGGCUUGUUGGGGUGCGAAGCCUGGAAUUUCACUCUCCCCGAGACCUGAUUUUUUAAGUUUCUGGAAGGGAGUUUGUGUGGAAGGGGCUACUAUCUUAUGGACUGGAAACUUGAUUUCAGCUCAAUAAUGCUCAGAUUGUGGUCAAACUUUCAUAUGAUAAACGUAUUCAGCAGCCUGUAAUCUGUCUUCGCUUUGCGAAAUCUCCCUUGGCUCCUUCUACAACUGAAAUUUGUAUUGACUCUUUACAGAAGCAAAGCUUAAAGCUAUGUAUACUUAAGAUGAAAUUAAUCCCCUGGAGAAAUUCUAGAACCAAUGCCAACCUUUACAUACAUCCAGGGACUCAUUUGUUUACCCUACUAGAAUGUUGAUGUUACCUGCUAUCUUGGUGACUGGCUACCUGAUGGGUUAAAAAGCAAAACAGUUACUAACUAUUUUUUCCAGGAACUUUAUUUUAAUAAACAAGGUGAAAGAUGGAUUGAUAAUGUGCCUUGGGUACAAUUAAAUUUCAGUUUGGAGAGUCUUCCUCUGACAAUGGUGCUAUAACAGCUGUUGAUAGAUUUUAUCUCAGUGAAUUCAUUCAGUCCUCUUUUAAAGCCACCCAAGUAGAUGGACAUCACUGCCUCAUGUGGGAAUGAGCUCCAUAGUUUAACUAUGUACUGCCUGAAUAAUAGCUUUAUUUUAUAUGUCCUGAAUCUUUCAUCAUUGUGCUUCUCAUUGGGUGUCCACAAGUUAUAGAGUUACGACAGACAUUUCUCUCCACGUCUCACAUAAUUUUAUAAACUUAUAUUGUGUCACUUCUUACACGCUUUUUCUCUAAACUAAAAAGUCCCAAAUGCUGCAAUCUUUCCUCAUAGGAGAGGUUUCUCCAGCCCCUUGAUAAUUUCAUUGCCCUUUUCUGAACCUUUUCCAACUCAACAAAACCUGUCAAUACAUGAGCUUGUCAGCUAAUUCAAAAUCUAAGCUGAGGGGAUUUUUGCAAACUGUGAAUAGUAAAUAUCACUUAUGGUGAAGUGAAACUGUUAGCUACUCAGAUGUUUUCAGUACUGAAGAUCACUGUAGUUAUUACAGCUGUCACAAACCAGUUACUCCCACUGUAUUGAUGCUCACAUUAAUUAUUUGUGUAAUACCAUGGUUUAUCAUCUGAGCCAAGAAGGAGAUUCACUUAGAGGUAAUUCCUUUAAAUUUAUGUGAAUCUUAAAUAUUCUUUUAAUAGUAAGUUCAUAUGCAGCAUAAAGGAUCUGGAGCCUGAUAGCCUUUCAGCAGUAUCCAGCCCUUUGCAAGAUCAAUGGCUUUUGAUCCAAGUUCCUGGUCAUAACCAUAGCUUUUGACAAUCUUAAGAAGAAAAACUUGAUGAGAGACACUAAGCAUUUCUUGUAAAUGCAGAUCAUGUGCUAGGAACAAUUGUGAAGUAGCAAGAUUUCAUGUUGUUCUCUGCCUGCAGUUAUGUGGUUUGAGAACCACACAUCUAUGUAUAUUUUGCACACAUGUAAAAAAUAAAAGACUGUCCCAUUUCAAGUACUUGGCUCCAAAUAUUACCAGUUAUAAUCAGGAUGUCCAGUUAUUGAGAGUUAAGUUGCAGUCUCCAGUUCUUCUAGUAUGAACAGGUCACAUGGGGUUGGGAAAACUUUGGGUACAAGAUUUACCAGAUACAAAGAAAACAAAAGCAUUCUUCCAUGUUCUCACUAAGCAUCAAGCUUCUAGGAGAUGGGAAGGCAAACCAAGGCCCGGGGGCUGGAUCCAGCCCAAUCAACUAAAUCCGGCCCAUGGACGGUCUGGGAAUCGGUGUGUUUUUACAUGAGUAGAAUGUGUGCUUUUAUUUAAAAUGCAUCUCUGGGUUAUUUGUGGGGCAUAGGAAUUCGUUCAUUCCCCCCCCCCCAAAAAAAAAUAGUCCGCCCCCCCAUAAGGUCUGAGGCACAGUGGACUGGCCCUCGGCUGAAUAAAAUUGCUGACCCCUGUUCUAGAAGGUGAAUCUAUUAAAAAUGAGUUUAUACCCAUCACAUUAACAAUCUUAUAUGAAAGUCUCAAGGGCAAUGGCAAUGCUCUAGAGAACAUCCAAGAACAAUCCAACCAGUUUGCUUUGGACGUUUUGCUCAAAGGCAACAUCUUGGGAUUCAAGUCUCAUUGGUACUCUUUGGGUGUCCCAAUAGGGAGGGGGUAGGUUGAGGGGGAGGGGAAGCAGCCUCCUUUGCCCCAGCCUAAUCCUCAGUCAAUAUUAGGGGGCUAAGGUUGAUUCUGCUAAGUAUAAAAGGCUACACCUCCUAAAAUUUUGAUGCAUAGGACCACCAGCCAUCAGAUUUUUAAGCCACUGAGCUCAGUGCUGAAUGGCAGCAUUAUUUCAGGCAGGAUUCCCUCCCAACCCUACCAGGAGAUGCAGAACCUGGGAACUUUUGCAAAUAAUGCUGGUGCUCUAGGACUGAUGAGCUACGGCCCUUUCCCAAACAUCAGCAAGUGGAAUGGGUCAAGGCCAGGGUGACCACCUGCAGGCUUUGGCUGCAGGCACAGAUGUUGUCUUUUGCCUACUCAUGGGCCACCCUAAGCAAUGCUCGCCUCCCUCUAAGCCAGGGGUCAGCAAACCUUUUCAGCAGGGGGCCGGUCCACUGUCCUGCAGACCUUGGGGGGGGCAGACUAUAUUUUUUUGGGGGGGGGAGGGAAUAUGAACAAUUUUCGCCUGCCUGCAAAGAGGCCUGAAGAUGCUUUGCUGUACCUGUCCCAGUUGUUGACCCAAUAAUUGCAGUUGGGCUUCUCAAGCCAGCCAGGCGCCGUGGAGGGGUAGGAGGCUGUGUUGGCUGGUGAAGACAGAAGCAGCAGCCCCGGCGGAGGAGCCGCUGGCAGAGGUAGGGGAAUCAGGGCGUCGAUGGAGCUUUUACCCACCACCUGCUGGUGCUGCUGCUUCCUGAGGGGAACCGUGAAGAAGAAGACAGAGCUGACCGCCAACCCAUAAGUGGCGUCUGUGGCCACUGCAACAACCCACCUGAACGCCAUGGGAGGAAUGAAGGAGGGAGGGAGGCAGGCAGGCAGGCAGCAACAAAGAAAGCGUGCGAGGAAGUGGCGUGGAAAAGCAGGGCAGAGAAGGAAGGAAGGAAGGAAGGAAGGAAGGAAGGAAGGAAGGAAGGAAGGGUGGACUGAGGGAGAGGGAGGAGGAACAGGAGGAAAGCGCAGCAGCUGCCAGCAUCAUAUGCCCCCUUCACAGCACCACCCUGCUGAGGCAGGCAAGCCGACUCUCGCUGUCGAUGGCACCCGGCGUGGGACAAGAUUGCUCCAUCUCUGAGGAGAAAAGCGGCGCUGUGUGAGGGAGGGAGGGGCAGGGAAAGAAUGUGCACACUGGCGAUCCACGCGGCGAUUCCCGGACAGGAUGUAGAAGGCAAUUGGGCCUGAUCCGGCCUGUGGGCCUUAGUUUGCCGACCCAUGCCCUAAGCCAGGCAUCUACAACCUGCGGCCCUCCAGAUGUUUUGGCCUACAACUCCCAUGAUCCCUUGCUAACAGGACCAGUGGUCAGGAAUGAUGGGAAUUGUAGUCCAAAACAUCUGGAGGGCCGAAGGUUGGGGAUGCCUGCCCUAAGCCAUACUGCCCUUCUGUUUCUGGCUGUGUUUGGGGGAAGGGGAAGCCCCAAGAUUUAUGGGUGCUGCUGGUGCCCGUUUUCCCAGAAUGCUAUCUGCAGCAUGAGCAGAGAAUGCAAACAGAAGAGAAGUGGAGAAGGAGGCGGAGUUUGGUAUCAUUUCUCCUGCUUCGCAAUGUUGCAAAAAUGAUAUCUUGCAGUUUGUUGCUGCCUCUUGCAAAAGUCCAGUGGAAAGGAAAGACUCCCUCAAUGCAAUCUGAGUUCAUUUUCUCAUUCCUGGCAUUGGAAUUUUGCAAUCCAGCCUGCAGAACUGAAAACACUUCUUCUCCUUUGUUUUAUGAUAUCCUUUGUAAAGAAAAAGAGAAGUGUGAGCUAGUGCCUGGUGAGGGUUGCUAGGAAGUCAAGAGGUGCAACCAAUUUGUUCUGGUUUUCUUCCUGUCCACCUCCUCUUUUGCAAAGAUUCUGUGGACACUUAAUCAUUGCACCUGUGCAACACUUAAAACAUAACUAAACUGGAAAGUGUAUUGGGCCCAUCUGCACAGUAUUAUGUCAGUGUUAUGCCACUUUAAACAAUCAUGGCUUCCCCCAAAGAAUUCUGGGAGCUGUAGUUUGUUAAGAGUUUUAAGGAGACCUCUGUUCCCCUUAACAGAGCUACAGUUAUCAGAGUAAUUUAACAACCACUCCCUCUUUGCAGGGAAUUCUGGAAAUUAUAGCUCUGUGAGAGGGAAUGGGGGUGUCCUAAGAAAUUGGGGGGGGCACUUGGUAGAAUGUACUUUCUUUAUUCAGUGAUUUGACACCUUGACUUAAAAGACAGAAAGUGGUGAAGAUGGAUGUUAUCAUGGACUGAGUAAUCAUAUUUUCUUUCUUUAUAUAACCAGCAGAUGGAAAAUCAGAAGUGUUUCUUUUGUAUCUUUGGCUUUUGUAUCUUUUCUUUCUUCUGGUUUUACUUAUUCAAAUUGUAUCUUCUGUAGUUGUAAUUUUACUGUUUUACGGGAAAAUCUUAAUAAAAGACCUUAAACAAAAAUCAGGGAGAGAGAUCUAAAUCUAGGCAAGCAACAGGCAUUCUUGUAGUUCGUAGAUGCACACCAGCUUGGCAAAAGCACUUGGGGAAACUGAAAAGCAGGAUCAGGGAGGGUUGUGAGAGAGCAGGUGUAGCAUGGGAAGAGAUCAGUGAUCCCUGGUGGGCUGCAGUUGCCCCUGGAAUCUCAUUUGAACCUUGCCCUUUAUCCAUUUGGGUUUACUUAGCAGCAAUAAUAAUAAUAAUAAUAAUAAUAAUAAUAAUAAUAAUAAUAAAUUUGUGGUAUGUUUACAUAUAUAUAAUACAUAUAUAUAAUUUUACAUACAUAUAAUGCCCACCAAACACAGUUUGCCAGAAGAAAUUGAAGUGAAAUGUUUGAUAGGGUGUGUCUAUGUAUGGAUUCAGUAGAAGGCUCUUAUUGUUUACAUACCCACCAAACUUACAUUUUUGCAUCAUUGUUUGUGGCUCAUACUCAAUCAUGGUUCAGAGUUGGGGAACCUGUGACCCUUCAGCUCCAACCAGCAUGGCCAGGUGUCAAGGAUGAUUUAAAAAAAAAUUAUUUAUACCCCACCCUCCCUGGCCAGAGCCGGGCUCAGGGCGGCUAACACCAGUAAAAUUACAGUAAGAACAUAAUGGGGGGGGGGGAAUUAAAAUACAGGUUAAAAUGCAAAUUAAAAUGCAGCCUCAUUUUAAAAGUAGCCCAUAGAUCAAAACCAUAAGGGGAGGGAAAAAUAAGGGUCAGACCAAGUCCAAACCAAAGGCCAGGCAGAACAGCUCUGUCUUGCAGGCCCUGUGGAAAUAUGUCAAGUCCUGCAGGGCCCUAGUCUCCUGUGACAGAGAGUUCUACCAAGUCGGGGCCAGUACUGAAAAGGCCCUGGCCCUAGUUGAGACCAAUUUAACCACCUUGAGACUUGGAACCUCCAAAAUGUUGUCAUUUGUGGACCUUAAGGUCCUCCACGGGGCAUACCAGGAGAGGCGGUCCCGUAGGUACGAGGGUCCUGGGCCGAUGGGAGCUAUAGUCCAGCAACAUCUGGAAGACCAGGGUUGUACUGAGCCCUGCAGCACCACUGAGCUUGGAUUGGCAGGCUUGGAUUGAGGAGGAGGAAGAAAUGAGGAUGGGGGCUGAAUGGUGGGGGAUCUGGUUUGAUCUGCCCCAACCAGACGCUUUAAAAGGGGAGCGGAACUGCUGUGCCUUCCCCGCCCCCUUCCUGUGGAGCAUAGAGACUCAAUGAAGGCUGGGGAGGCUUUGAUAACCAAGGUGUGACAAAAGUGUGCAGUCUCGUUAUCUAGAACGAGAUGCCGCCCUCGCUGUGGGAGCAGACAACCCCACCCCAAAAGCACUUGUAGUCCCAUAGUUCUUACAAAGUGAGAGAGUCUCGAGAAUAAGACUGCCCUGUCUUGUCUUUAAGAGCUUGAUGGACAGGCCACAUACUGGGAACUUAUUGCAGGGACACCUGCAGUUCUGAAUUUCUUGCCCUUGCUCCUGAACCCGUGACUCCAGAACCCUGAGCCUGCGCUUUUACUUGCCUUACUUUUACUUUCAAGUAAGAGCCUCCACUUGUGUCUUUUUGGGGUGGAAGGCUGGACAAAAAGGGUUCCCUACUCCUGGCUUAGGUAUUCCUGUGGAAUAGGUUAACCAUGGUUAAAGGGAAACAACCCCUGGUUAAGCAUUUGGUCUGCAGAAGCUUGGGAAUAAGAUCAAAUAAAUAUUCUUUCCCAUCUCCACAGAAGUCCCAGAGAAAAUAUGGGAGAAAAUUACUUUUCUGUGCAAUGCUGGAUCGAAUGCUUGAUCUAGCUGAGCUGCUGUUGCAGUAGAAGACAAAUACGCCUUGCUACAUACUUGAUUCCCUUUUCCUGUAACUGAAUCCAAGGCCAGGAAAAAUCUCCGUGUGAACUCUGUGUCACAUUCCUGAAUAUGAUCUCAUGUUCCUUUUUUAGAUGCAGCAUUUCAUUUUUUGGGCAGUCUCCGAAAUUCUCUGGGAGGGGCGAUUAUGAUGGUGAUAGACUCUAUCUGCACUAUCACACCCCUUUAAACAGCCGUGUUUCCCCCCCAGGUAAUCCUGUAGUUUGUUCAGGGUGCUGGGAGUUGCUAGAAGACUCCUUCAUUUACAGGGCUACAAUUCCCAGAGUUCCUUUGGGAAGAGGGAUUAACAUAUGCAGGGAUGACUGGAACUAUCAAUUUUGCUUCUCACAGUUUCUCAAGAUUCAUUUAUCUACAUUUUUGCAAUAAAUUGCAUGUUUUUAAAAAGAAAAAUCCUCAUGAAAAUUUGCCAGGAUUUUUGUGCAAAUGUGUCACAAGAAACCCAUUUGUGUGUGUGUGCAGUUUUGACUAAGGUACACAUUUUUUUUUUUUGCAAGCAGUUUCCCUUUUUUUUGCAAGCAGGUUUUUUGUUUUGUUUUUUGCAGUCAGUUUUCAUUUUCAUGAAUGUGUGCCCUGAUGCACUUUUUAUGAACAGUGGUUAGAGAAUUGCAUUGCAAAAAUUUAAUAAGUGUGAAUUUCUGGCUAGACUGCAUUUGCCUCUGGUUGGGCCGCGGCACAGAGCAGGUGUGAGCUGAAGCCAAACUUGACUUUCUGCAUCCUAUAAAGAUGCCAUGUCUGUCUGAGCAAUAAGGGAGAUCACUGGUCAUGUUCCUUGUACAAAUCCCCUCAUGCUUUACCACUCCUGACUUGGCAAGGGCUAGGACUGACAACGGAGAACAACGCACCUUGAAUUGAUUCAUCUGGUAUCAGGCAGGAAAGGGGCUUUCUCUGUGGUGGCACCGACAGUAUGGCAUUAUGGAACAGUUUCUUCUUACAGAUUCACCUUCAGUGAUGUGUCCCUGUCAGUAGUCAGAUACAUUCUUGUUCUAGAUGCAAUGAUCAGUUUUGUUACUGAUUAUUGGCUGCUUAUGAUGUGUCUGGGACGUGGGUGGCGCUGUGGGUUAAACCACAGAGCCUAGAACUUGCCGAUCAGAAGGUUAGCGGUUCGAAUCCCUGUGACAGGGUAAGCUCCCGUUGCUGGGUCCCUUCUCCUGCCAACCUAGCAGUUCGAAAGCACCUCAAAGUGCAAGUAGAUAAAUAGGUACCACUCCGGUGGGAAGGUAAACAGCAUUUCCGUGCACUGCUCUGGUUCGCCAGAAGCGGCUUAGUUAUGCUGGCCACAUGACCCGGAAGCUGUACGCCGGCUCCCUCGGCCAGUAAAGCGAGAUGAGCACCGCAACCCCAGAGUCAGCCACGACUGGACCUAAUGGUCAGGGGUCCCUUUACCUUUUACCUUAUGAUGUGUCUAUUCAAAGUUUUAUUGCUUGACAGUUUGUGCAUCACUUUGAAACAUUUUGUUAAAUGUGGUAAGAAAUCUUUAAAUAAAAAAAACUUUGAAGGGAUGCAGCUCAUGUAUUUGUUCCAGAAAUGCAAAUUAGGUUAAAAUGCAAACAUAACUGAAUUUCUCCCUUUUCCCUACACAGAAGCAAUAGAAGCCCAUUUAAUGCAUGUGCACUUUUUUCCUCCCUUUUCUUCCAGAGGGCUCUGAAGGAAGCAUUGGAGUCUGCGGGUGGAUCCUGGUUAUGGUCUCGUUCUUUUUGGUUACCAUCACUUUCCCAUUAUCCAUCUGGAUGUGCAUAAAGGUAAAAAAUAGUUGGUUGGAAAGCAGCUGUGACCUAGGAUUCCUUCUCCACUCUAAACAGGAGCAGCGACUGUACGUUGUAGCUGACCUUGGAGCUGGAAGCGACCCGAAGGGUCAUGUCUGGGCCCUGCAAUUCAGGAAUCGCAGAUAAAGAAUCCCUGACAGAUGGCCAUUCAAACUUUUGUUUAAAAACCUCCAAUGAAGGCAGAUUUCACUACCUUCUGGGGGAGUCCGCUCCUUAAAUGGCUAUUCUUGCAGAAGAGAACUUCAGAGGGAGACUGCAUCAUGAGGCCACCAGGUUACAAUUAAUCAAGAGGUUCACUAGUGAACUGAAUCUGGGCAAAAGUGUUUUAAAAAACCCAACAACCCACAGCAUGCAUUAAUUGGUUUGCCAAUGCCAGGCUGCCUGUGUUGUCAACAAUAAAGAAAUGUGUUAAGUUUUUAAAGUGCCACAAGCCUCUUUGUCAAGAAACUCCUAAUCUCAUGAAGCACAAUUUUUAUAUGAAAAGGAUCAGGGUAGUUCAUUCCUCCUUCAGCUUGAUAGGAAGAGUGCGAAGUUGCAGUCUCUCUACAUAGUUGCAGAAUCUUAUGCCUUAUUUUGCCCCCUUAAAAAGGCUUUUCUUCUUAUUUGGAAUGAGCUAAUUACAAAUGUGGCCCAAAUAGCAUCAAGGAUAGCCUGAAAUGGGCAGAAUGAAAGGGAACAAAACCACAACCCCUCCCCCACUGACUUUCCUCCCUCAUUGCAGAUUGUCAAGGAAUAUGAGCGAGCCAUCAUAUUUCGGCUUGGACGUAUCCUAAAAGGAGGAGCAAAGGGGCCAGGUGAGUAUUUGCUGUUAUGGUUUGUCUUGCCAAAGGCAAGGGGAUUCUUUCUGUGGGAUUUGGAAGCAAGGCAAGACACAAGAGGGGAAGAAGUCUUAAGAUUUAUUAGACAGCAUGCGGAUAAUAGAUAAGAAUUUACCUCCCCAAGCAAGCUAUACCUCUGUUUACCUGCUGGGAGCUCCAGAGGUACAGCAGCAGAGAGGACCCCAGCUGUAGUCAGCCACCAAGCGACGUAGCACCCCAGGAGAAGUCACACAAUUUAACAACAUUAAGCUGUUUAGUAAGGCUAACUGCUGCCUAGGGGAAGCCUCAUAUUGGUGGCAUGAAGGAGCAAUUGUAUCAGGCCACUCCACCUUCUUGAUGUACAGUGUAUCUUCUGCUGUGUUUCGCAUACAUGGUCCCACAUGUGGCUGAAUUUCUGUGUGGCUGGUCAGCUGCAUUGGGGAUGGAGCACUGGUGGUGCCCUCCCCUAGGUCUCUAGCCCAGAGGAGGGCACCAUCAGUGCUCCAGCCCCAAUGCAUCUUCAUGCAUUUGCACCAAGAGCGGUGCCUGGUGCAGUGUCGCUGAAUUGACUUUGUCCCAUGCACUGCAAUACACCUUCCGACCUCUUCCUUGCACAUGCGGAGCAGUUAAUGCCCUAGAGCUGUUGUGUCCAACAAUUGCACUUUUAUUUUCCAACAGGUCUGUUUUUCGUAUUGCCCUGCACAGACAGCUUUAUCAAAGUGGACAUGAGGACCAUAUCAUUUGAUAUACCGCCACAGGAAGUGAGUAUUCCCUUUCCUUGACCUCUUUCUGCUCUGCCCCCUACUGAAUACUGGAUAUAAAUAGGCUAGUCAAGUUUCUCUCCCCACCCCCACCCCAUGGCUUUCUCACACCCGCUGCCCCUCUUCCAUGGUCUUGAAUUUCAGGCAAGAGACAUUCCCAGUCCUACUUGAAGGUGCCAUCGGGAAUUAAACACAGGAUGCUCUUCGUGCAAAGCAAGUGCUCUGCUGCCAGAUUGCGGCACUUCCCCUUAAAUAUAAAGUGAUAUUCUAGUUCUCAAAGGGAUGAAUUAAAUAGGAACAUAGGAAACUUCUUCUGAGUUAGACCAUUGGUCUAUCUAGUUCAGUAUUAUCAACAAUCUCCAGGGUUUCCUACAGGAGACAUUCAGAGAAGGAGUCUUUCCUAGCCCUAACUGGAGAUGCCAGGGACUGGAGUCAGGAACUUCUGCAUGCAGAGCAAGUGCUCUGACACUGAGUAUUUGUGGCCCUUCUGGUUCUCUGCCACCAGUUCCCUCGCUGCUGUGACUCUCAGCAAUCCAUCUGCAAGAUGGAUAGUACCUUACAUUUAAGGGCUCAGAUAUAUAGCUAACAUGUCAUCUAGCUUGGUCCAUGCAGUGAGGCAGUCUCUGCCGUGGCCUCUGUCAAAGCAGACCAUUUGGUAUGAAGGCUAGCAUGGAGGGUUUCGGUUUUGUUCCAGGCAGCCGCCUGCCACUUAUCCUGCAAUGACUUUUUCCUCUGGCAGUAACUGUUGUGGAACUGGCCCGGAAUGAAUUGCUUAGGAACCUAAUAAUCAUCAUUAGGCUUAAUGUGAUUGCUGCCAGGAAUGUACCCUUAGUGAGCCUCCUCCCCGCCCCUCAUUUCCUCCUGGCUUUUCUGUAAUUCAUUUCCGUUGUGCCUGCGGUUUUUGCAAGCAACAGGGUUGCAGGGUAUUUAUUUCAUUAGGUAGGGAUGGGUUUCUUUUACUUGUUUCUUUUCUUGCUUCUUUAAUUGAAAGUUAAUGAUGUUGUCAAGGUGCUGGAAAACCCCAGGGUAUAUAGUUCUAUUGCAGGGCUGGGUAACCUUGGCUGCCUGGGGUCAAGACGACCUUCCAGGACUCUCAGAACUCUUCUGAAGCCACACCCUCUUCUCCCAGGCCACACCCCUCACCUGUCUUGCUUUGCACCCUCCCUGAGUCAUUUUGCGUGGUUGGAAUGCAUCCUUGAACUAUGAUUAUGGCUCUUGGUCUUCUGGAUAGAGGCUAGAGAACUCUCUCUCUCUCUCUCUCUCUCUCUCUCUCUCUCUGUGUGUGUAAACUAGCUCCACCCACUUUUGCCUCUGGCCCCACCCACCACUGGAAUGUGGCUCCUGGAAUGUUGUCCGGAAGCAGAUGCUGCCCUCAGGCUGGAAACGUUUCUGCAUCCCUGAACUAAGAGUUGCUGAGUUAUUAAAACAUCUUUAGGGAGGGAAUGAUGAGGGGGUGGGUGGAGGGAAAAAACCCUGAUCAGCCUAGUAAGAACUGAGUAUGCUUAGCGAGCAGAGAAUGCUGACUGACUGUUGAAGGGAGGCAGGGAGGUGUAAAACUAGUUUGUAGGCAGAAUAGAAAGGAGUAUCGUGGAGGAGGGCAUGACGGACUUACUGGAACAGGAGCACUCCAUGCUGCAACAUUUGGUUGCAGAUUCCAUUUGUAUCUGUCUAUCCAUCAGUCCUAAUGCAUUCCACUCAGCAUUUGAGAUCCUGCUUCUGUCUUUUCAGCCUAUGUAAGUAAGAUGGGCAGCCAUGAGAAGCACAGUCUUCUUUGGAGUGGCACUAAUCCCAUGGAAUGCCCUCCUUAGGGAAGCUCACCUAGCCCCUUCACUGUAUGCCAGUGGUGGCCAAACUCGGCCCUCCAGAUGUUUUGGGACUACAAUUCCCAUCAUCCUUGACCACCGGUUCUCUUAGCUAGGGAUGAUGGGAGUUGUAGUCCCAAAACAUCUGGAGUGCCGAGUUUGGCCGCCACUGCUGUAUUCCUUCUGGUGUCUCCAUGAGUCCCGUGAGGUUUGUUAAAGACACUAGUGGGCGAUGGCUGGGUUUUCUGCCAGAGAAAACCCAUUCCAUGCCUAAUUUUAUAAACUUCUAUCAUGUCUCUUAAAGCUCGCCUUUUCUGUAAACUAAAAAGCUCCUUUGAUCCUCCUCCUUUCUUCUUCACUGUUUUCAUGAGCCUCUGUUCUUUUGAUGACUUUUGCCCAGUUGUUUGAUGAUUUUGCAUGUCUGCUGCUGCUGCUUUUAAUUAUUUCCCCGUUUCCAUAGAAUCUGUGUUUUCAUGCUACAAUUUGUUGCAGUUGCUCUGGUUUCUUUCCAGAAGAGGAUGGCAGCUCAUUCAUAAACCAUCUCAAGAUUUCUAGGGGCUGAGCAAAGAUUAAGAAAACCAGGCAGCCCUUUGCUGACAGCGUCCAAUAAAAUAGACAUGAUGCCAAAGGAAAAAGUAGACAGGAAGAGAUAAGGAAAACAAGCAAAUUCAGGCGCUCCUGCUUCAUUGUUUACAUAAAGAUAAACUCCCAGUUUGCAUGCUAUGUGACUGACAAGAGAAAGUUCACACAGCAUAUACUUAAACCACAGAAUUCACUGCCACUAGUGCCCAAUCAACACUUCACAUUUAAAACAGCAUUAUACCACUUUAAACAGUUGUGGCUUCCUGAAUUGCAGUUCGUUAAGGAUGCUGAAGGUUGCUAGGCAGUCCCCAUUCCCCUCAGAAAGCUGCAGUUCCCAGCGUUCCCUGGGAAAAAGGGCCUGGCUGUUAAACCAUGGGAAUUGUGUGAUGGGGGAAUAGAGGUUGCCUAUCAAUUCUCAAUGCUCUUGUCAGACACUGAGGACUAGUAAGCUACUUGCAGGGCUGCUGUAUUAACCUCAUUGGUUCCUCAAUAAGAGGGUCAUAUCUCACUUAGUAAAGCUGAGGGUGGCACUGGUUCUUCUGUGUAUCGCAGAAGCCAAUUAAAGGAGCUAUUGGCUUGUAAUUACCUUGCUUGCGUUACUUAAAAUAGAAACUGCUGUGGCUGUGGCUGCAAAGACAUUACACAGAUCUCUGUUAGGACUUGAUUCUAAAUAACAUUAACAUUAAAAUAAGAUUAAUAUAAUCACAGCCAUUCCACUUGGAGAUGUUCUAUGUUCCACCCACACACCCCAGUGUUGGAGGCAGUAUUCUUCUGAAGGCCAGUUGUGGAGAAUUCCAAGUGGAGAAGCUGCUGUUACACUCAGGUCUUGCCUCUGGGCUUCUUGUUCAGGUACCUGGUUGGCUGCUGUGAGGACAGGAUGCUGGACUCGAUGGGCCAUUGGUCUGAUCCAGCAGGGAUGUUCUUAGAAAUAACUCUGCUUCAACUGCAAUACUGUCACUGAGAAAGCACAGGGGGUGAGGUGUCGGACACACUCCUGUUUCUCAUCUCUGCAGUACAGUCAUACAUCCACUUCAUGUUACAUUCUCUCAGGUUAUGUCCCGCGGUGACCUGGAAGUACCGGAAAGGGUUACUUCUGGGUUUUGCCGCUCACGCAUGCGCAGAUGCGCAAAAUGAUGUCAUAUGCAUGCGCAGAAGCAGCGAAUCGCAACCCGCCCGUGCGCAGAUGCACUGCUGCGGGUUGCGCUCUUUUCAUGUUUGAGCAGGCCUCCGGAAUGGAUCCUGUUCGCAACCAGACAUACCACUGUAUCAGUAAAAGGAGCAGUAAUAUCCCUGGUCAUUUCAAAGGUGACAUGGAACUUUAUUCUGUUGGAAAUCAUUGAGUCUCUUUAAGAAACGAUUAGAUGUGUGUGGCUUCCUUUGGCUUUGUGCACACACUAUACCUUCAAAGCACAUUUGAAGCACAUUCUUUCUUUCAAAUAAUUCUGAACACUGUGGUCGAGCCUUCCCAGAGUUAAACUUCCCAGCAACCCUUAACAAACUACAGUGCCCAGAAUUCCUUGAAGGGGAAGAAUGCAUUUCAAAUGUGCUUUAAAGGUGUACUGUAUACACAGCCUCAAUGACAUUCAGUUUUGCUUCUCUCUCUUUACUCUCACACCAUUGGUCCAUCUAGCUUAACAACUUCUGAUAAGUUUACCUACAAGAUCGCCUUACCCCACAUGUGCCCACUCGACCGCUUUGAUUGGUGGAAUUGGCACUACUACUGGUACCACAGAAUACCCAUUCUGCGUUUGUAAGGAUGCAGUCAUUAAGUCUGACCUGCAUUUUGGAAUUUCCUGCCUACUGAAAACAAGCAGGUGCCUUCACUUUACUCUUUUCGGUGCCUGCUAAAAAUUCCUGCUUAGACAAGCCUGCCCACAUGCUUGCCUUACCCAAUGUUGAGGGUAUCCAAUGCUAGUCCUAUUCAGAGCAGACUUAUUGAAAUGGAUGAGCCAUACUAACAUAGGUGCAUGAACAUCAAUAGGUCUAGUCUGACUCAGUUGGCUAAAACCCAUUGUGUUUAUGCUUUUUAGAGAUGAUGCAAGGUGCUUGGGGACCUCUGUGUAACAAGCAGCCUACAAGUCUAAUUAAUAAUGUAAAUAAUAUAGGCCAGUGCAAGGUUUUCCACCUUCUCUUCCUGUUCCCUUCCUUGUGUUUGUGUCUUAUUAGAUUGUACAUCUGCAGGCUCAGACCUGCAAUGUUGAUAUACAGUGGUACCUCGGGUUAAGUACUUAAUUCGUUCUGGAGGUCUGUUUUUAACCUGAAACUGUUCUUAACCAGAAGCACCACUUUAGCUAACGGGGCCUCCUGCUGCUUCCAUGCCGCUGUAGCACGAUUUCUGUUCUCAUCCUGAAGCAAAGUUCUUAACCUGAGGUACUAUUUCUGGGUUAGUGGAGUCUGUAACCUGAAGCGUAUGUAAUCCAAGGUACCACUGUACAGCACAGGAGAGGCCCUGCAGUGCACUGGAAGCUUGCUGGACAUCCCUCAGUGAGCAAAUCCACAGAGGCAGAUGUUUUCCUGCAGGACAGCUUAUCCCAUAAUGCCAAUCCUAUCCUGUGGUAUUCAGCCUCUCAGGGGGAGUUGGGGUGUGUUCGAAAGUGUGAUGGUGAGGCAUCACUGAGCCUGGGAGGUUCUGCAUGCAGAUGAGAUAGCCAACCCUGGGCAAAUUUCUCCGUAAACCUCUUGGAAUUAAUUGCUGUGUUUCCUCAAAUGGUUUUUUUUAAAAAAUUUUCAUGCUCCCCGAAGCUGUGUGAAAAUCUUUCAGCAAAGCAAUUUUCUCUAAUAGAAUAUGAUGAUUUUAUAAAAUGAUAUAAGCUGUGAAUGCCUUGGGGCAGGUAUCCUUCCCGCACCCUUCUGGUUUCUGUUAACUCCUUAAUGUGUACGUGUGUGGUUGGUGCUAUAUAAUUAGUGAAAGACACACUCUGGAAUUUGCUGCAUCUUCCUUGUUACAGGGCUGCUACAAACACGGCACACUGGCACAGCCUGAGGCAGUUGGGUGCCAGUGUGUGCCCUGCAAAAGCUGGCAUUGCUCAAGUUAUUUGCUGCCACAACAUCUUCCCCAUCCCAUUCUCAAGGGAAUUGGGCAUUUAAGCACCCAGGCAACCAGUGUCUUGAGUGCUGGCAGUGUACAGCCCAUCUGUAGCGGUAGCUGGAUUCAAACCUAGCAGAUGCCAUGGGAGAGGUGAAGUGCUGAACAACUUGGCAGUGUGUGUGUGUGUGUGUGUGUGUGUUAAAUAUGCUUGUUUAAAAGCAUCGUAUUCUAUUAUGAAAUACCUUUUGGUAUUUCAAAAAUCACUUGUACUUUCUGCAGAUCUGCCAAAGAUCAGCAUGUAGCAGUUAAAGAAUCAGGGAACUUAUCUGGUGUCUGCAUAAGGCAGUAAAAGGGACCCAUGACAGUUAAGUCCAGUUGCGAAUGACUCUGGGGUUGUGGCGCUCAUCUCGCGUUACAGGCUGAGGGAGCCAGCGUUUGUCUGCUCUGCAGACAGUUUUUCUGGGUCAUGUGGCUAGCAUGACUAAGCCGCUUCUGGCGCAAUGGAACACUGACACCAGAACAGUGCAUAGAAACACCGUUUACCUUCCCGCCAGAGUGGUAUCUAUUAAUCUACUUGCACUUUAUGGCAUGCUUUCGAACUGCUAGGUUGGCAGGAGCUGGGACCGAGCAACGGGAGCUCACCCCGUCGCGGGGAUUCGAACCGCCAACCUUUUGAUUGGCAAGCCCAAGGCUCAGUGGUUUAGACCACAGCGCCACCCGUGCUCCCCUUUUGGAUAGCAGAGUGCUAUCCAAAAAAGCAUGGUGCCAUGGAAUAGAGGUCCAUAUGGAGCUUCUCAGUGUUCUGUAACCUUAGUGUUGAAAGGUGGCUUCUCCAAUGACUUAGCCAGGUGCAGAAUACCUGUUGCAAGUCCACCGAUGGCCCAUUCGGAGAAAUGAGCACCUGCACAAAAUGAACAACUCACAUGGUGUUUGAAAUAGGGAACUUGAAAAGAAGUUCCUUUGUGACUGUCAGGUAGCAGGCAGUCUGAUCAUGACCGCCUAAUUAGCAGCAUGCUACUUGUGGCACCUCUUUGUAGUUAUGUUUUGAUGCAUGAGUGACUUGGAGAUUCUUUUUUUAAUUCUUCCGUUCCACAUUUCUCUCUUCUCUCCCCUCCCCCUGUUUCUGCCCUAGAUACUUACCAAAGAUUCAGUGACAGUUAAUGUGGAUGGCGUGGUUUAUUACCGAGUUCAGAAUGCAACCCUUGCUGUUGCCAACAUCACCAAUGCAGACUCAGCCACUCGGCUCCUGGCUCAGACCACAUUGAGGAACGUUCUUGGGACCAAGAACCUCUCUCAGAUCCUCUCUGACCGGGAGGAAAUUGCACACAGCAUGCAGGUACAACAAAGCAAUGUUGAGCUGCAUUCCCAUGGGGGAUGGGGGUGGGGAGUUGUUGAGAAACAUUCUUCACCGUUUAGAGAGAUGAUUUAUUUAUUUUUGCAUCAGCCACUAAAUUUUGCAAUUUAAAUAUACAACGCAAAAAUCCAGUGAAAACUGGUCCUUUAGGGUAAGUGGGGCACUGCCCCACCAGUCCUAAUCUGCCCUCAGCCAACCCCCAACCCCUACCUGCCUUCUUCCUUAUGACCAGUUCAGGGGGUGUGACACUGCCUGUAGCUCCCUCUACUUUAGUCUCUGACCACAUUCCCAUCAUGCUUUUAAAGCCCCACAUGGGAUUCCUAAAGAAUUAUGUAGUUUGUUAAGAGUCUUUUAUCUUUCAAUGAAAGCUCAGAGCCUGGGUCACCUGCCAGCUGAAAACACAAGGAAGGAUAUUUAACACCUUGCAGGAUGGAAGGCUCUUAAAAAUGGAAGGUUCAUUUGUCCUGUUGAGACUUGUUUAAACCUCCAGUCACCUCUGUUUGAUUAGCUUGACAUCUUUGCACAAUACUUUGAUGUGUGACAUGCAUUCCUGCCCCCACCCUUUUAAACAGGCCACACUAGAUGAUGCCACAGAUGAUUGGGGCAUAAAGGUGGAGCGGGUGGAAAUCAAAGAUGUGAAGCUGCCCGUCCAACUCCAGAGAGCCAUGGCCGCUGAAGCAGAAGCUACCCGCGAAGCAAGAGCAAAGGUAAGGAGCUCUACUGAUUUGGUUAGCCCGCUGACUUUCAAAGGAGAUCCGUCACCCAGAUCAGGGAUGGGGAUCCUGUGGCCCUUCUAUUGUUGUUGGACUACACAUCCCAUUAUCACUGACCAUUAGAAAUGCUGGCAUAAACCAACUUGCUGGCUAAACUUCCUAUUAAACCAGCUUUUCCCGACCUGGUGCACUGCAAAUGCUGUUGGACUACAACUCCCAUCAUCCCUGACCAUUGGCCAUGCUGGCCGGAGCUGAUGGGAGUUGGAAUCCACCAGCUUCUAGAGGUUCACAGGUUCCCCAUCCAUGACCCAGAAGAUGAUGGAGCAGUACAAGGAAACAAAGGCCAUUAUUUGACCCUGUUGACCCUGGGGUAUAUGUCUUGGAAAUGACCAUAAUUAUUCCUACCCCACAACUGAAAACAACUUACGCAUGCCAAGCAGAUGCUCUCCCACCGAUCUACAGCCCUUCCUGUAACUUUCAUAUAAUCCAAAUUUCAAGUGAAUAUUGAACUGCUUCAGAUAUUAAUGUUUCCUUUAAUAAUAAUAAUUUUUAAUGUUAUUGUUUGUACUCCACCCAUCUGACUGGGUUGCCCCAGCCACUUUAGACUGCUUUGAUGAUCGCACUUGUUUUUCCCCACAGUGAUAUAAGAUGACUCAGGUAUUUGCUGUACAAACACUGGCUCCAGAGGUCUCAUUAUCUUUAUUUCCCCAUAGUAGAGAAUCCUUUGCAUUGCAUUUACGUAACAAAACAAAACUGAGUUUGUGCCAAAACUCAGUCGGAGGGCGUUCCUUCUGCAUCGCAGGUUUUCAAACUUCACUGAAGCAUCUCAGCAGGUUUUCUGGGGAUGUUUAAGAAGAUCAAGCAGCAGAAGGCAAGCUCCCACAAGACGCAACUUGUUACAUAGGAAGCUGCCUUAUACUGAGUCAGACCAGUGGACCAUCUAAUUGGGUACUGGCUACACUGACUCUUGCCAGGGUUUCAGGCAGGAGUCUCUCCCAGUCCUACCUGGAAAUGAAUGAGAGCAAACUGCAAUCUUCUGUAUGCAAAGCAGAUUCCCCACCGUUGAGCAUAGAAAGCUGCCUCAUACCACCUGCAUAUCUUGCUUAGUAUUGUCUAUGCCAGGGGUCAGCAAACCUUUUCAGCAGGGGGCCGGUCCCCUGUCCCUCAGACCUUGUGGAGGGCUGGACUAUAUUUUGAAGGGGGGGGGAAAUGAACGAAUUCCUAUGCCCCAAAAAUAACCCAGAGGUGCAUUUUAAAUAAAAGCACAUAUUCUGUUCAUGUAAAAACACCAGGCAGGCCCCACAAAUAACCCAGAGGUGCAUUUUAAAUAAAAGGACACAUUCUACUCAUGUAAAAACACCAGGCAGGCCCCACAAAUAACCCAGAGAUGCAUUUUAAAUAAAAGCACAUAUUCCACUCAUGUAAAAACACGCUGAUUUCCGGGCCGGAUUUAGAAGGCGAUUGGGCCGGAUUCAGCCCCUGGGCCUUAGUUUGCCUACCCAUGGUCUAUGCUUAUUGGCACUGACUCUCCAGGGUUUCUGAUGGGACAUAUUCUGUCUUCCCUGGAGAUGCCAGGGAUUAAACCUGCAACCUUCUGCAUGCAAAGAAGAUGUUCUACUCACAGAGCUUCAGCCUUUCCCAAAGGUCUUGUUUUCUGCUGCUGUGUCCUACAUAAGGGGGGAAUUGGUGCUGAUACCUGAAAGUCCUGCUGAGCACCCUGUCUAAACUGGAUGCUGUAAGAUGGGUGAAUGCCAGUUUUGUUUUGUUUUUCUCAUUUUCCUGCUCUUAAAUUCAGGUCUCCACAUUUCCACAUCAUUCUGAUUUUUUCAAAUUCACCUGCAUUUUAAUGCGUAAUAUUUCAUGCCUAAUAUUAGGCAUUUUGCCUAAUAUUUUUUGCAAAGCAGCUUCUCCUAGUAUAAUGCAUUUUUGUAAGCUGUUUCUCCAAUAUAUGCAUAUUUUUAGAUCUUUGUCCCAUUAUAUGCAAUUUUCUACACAUUAGUUGGUUGGAGAACUGCAUUGCUAAAUUUGGAGAAAUGCAAAUUUUAAAGAAUGGCUAUGAUUUGGUUCACAUAUUAUUUUGGAAAGUGCAAAUUAGAUAGGCUCGCUUGUAAACCAAAUUGAAUUUUUCCCUCAUCCCUACUUAGUUCCCUUCCAGGGGGUUCUGCAACUUUGCAGGGACUCUGUAGCAUACAAGGAUUCUCUGGCAGAAAACCACUGUUCUGUCUGGAGCCACACCACAUCUGCAUGCCACUUUAAACAGUCAUGGUUUCCCCCCAAAGAAUUGCGAGACCUGUAGUUCACUAAGGGUGCUGAGAGUUGCUAGGACCAACUAUUCCCCUCUCACAGCUACAAUUCCCAGAGUUUCCUGUGAAGAGGGAUUGACUGUUAAACCAUUCUGAGAAUUGUAGCUCUGGGAGAGGAAUAAGGGUCUCGUAACAACUUUCAGCACCCUUGACAGGCAGCGGCUUCCAGAAUUCUUUGGGGGAAGCCAUGACUACUUAAAGUGGUUUUAUGGUGCUUUAAAUGUGGCCUUUGUGUUCAACAUGGCUGGUGGGCCAUUCUGGGGGCAGACAUAGAGUCUGGAGGCCUUUCUGCACCCCUGUUCCUUUAGCUGAUUUGCUGCUCCUAUAUUCUUGGCUUAACACUGCUGGAUUUAUGUGCUGCUUCUCCUAGGAGGAUGACAACUUCCUGUAACAAUCUCUUCCUUUCCUGAAAGAAGUUGGUUAAGCAAGGAGGAUCCUGUUAGUGGCCUUGAACGUGAAGGCCACAAAUCCUCUAGCCUACAAUUUUAUUUUAUUUUUAUUUUACUAAGGCUGGGUCCACACCAUAGAUUUUAAGUACAUUCAAAACACAUUCCUCCCUCCCCAAAGAAUCCUGAGAACUGUACUUUGAUAAGGAUGCUGGAAAUUGUAGUUCUGUGAGGGGGAAACUACAGUUUCCAGUAUUCUUUGGGAAGACAUCACGUGCUUUAAAUGUGUGGUGUGUAUGCAACCUAGAGCUGCAACAUUUACCUGACUCAUUUAAUUAAUCAAAACAUUCUUGUUUGAUUAGGUGACAGAUUCUCCCCAAAAAAUGUUUUAAUAUAUAUCUCUAUCUAUCUAUCUAUCUAUCUAUCUAUCUAUCUAUCAUACAGGUAGUUGCAAAAUUUGAGAAAGAGGUGAAUUCCCUAUUGUAGGAUAAAGCCAUUUCCCCUUUAGAAUGGUUGUGUUUUGUCAUGUGCAUACUAAAUUGUUUUAAUUGACUUAAGACUGCAUUCCUAAACCCACACACCUGAGAGUAAGCCCCACAGAAUUCAGCAGGACUGCAGACAUGGAGUUUUACCCAAUGAAGUCCUGCUCAAAGUAGAAUCGUUGGAAGUCAGCGCACCUAAAUUACUUGUGGCCGUCAAUUUCAGUGGGUCUACUCUGUGUAGGACUAAUGUUGGAUACUGAGACUAAGGAGGAGGAAGCUAGCAGCCAGGGCCACCAUCUGGACUGGUUGUAAGAAGGCAGAUGGCAGGGAGCUAGCCAAGGGCAGGUGUUGGAGCAGUGCCCCAUUUGCCCCAGUGGAUGUGCCUCCAUUGCAAGGAGCUCAAGGUGGUUUGUUCUCUGUUCUUCCUGUCCUCAUUUUAUCCUCACAACAGCCCUGUAACGUAAGAGGCUGAGACACUGACAUGCCCAGGGUCACCCAGUGGGCUUCACAGCUGCACCCAGGUCCUGGUCUGACACUCUAACCACUACACCACACUCUCUGAACCUUAUGCAGUUUUCUCUGUGUUCAAAACAUCUUGCUGGACCUGUGCCUCUCUCCCUUCCAGGUCAUCGCAGCAGAGGGCGAGAUGAAUGCCUCCAGAGCCCUCAAGGAAGCCUCCAUUGUCAUCACAGAGUCUCCUGCAGCUCUCCAGCUCCGCUACCUGCAGACCCUGACCACGAUCGCCGCCGAGAAGAACUCCACCAUUGUAUUCCCGCUGCCCAUAGAUAUGCUGCAAGGCAUUGUGGGAAGGAGGAGCUGAGGGUGCUGAUGGGAAGCCAGGUGUAUUGAAAAGCGUGAGGCAUUGUGGAGGAGAGGGGUGAUGAUUUCAGUGUGACCUUCGUGUCUGUUUCUUGUGGCUCUCAUAAGCUCAGAUCCUUUUUGUGUUUCAUCCCAACAAAUUUCUGCUUUCAAUGUAGGUGGCCACUUCCGAAAAUUCAUUGUUCCCUGCUCUGCCACCCCUUCUUAUUGAUGAGAGAGGUUUGGAGGGCUUGCAUCUCCCAGAAAAUUAGAGAGGAGGGUUUAAGAGGUUCUCAGCUACCAUAUGGAGCAGGGGGGUUGCCUUAAAAUAAUAAUGUUUUCCUCCUCGCUCCUGGGAAAUUUCUUUCUUGUCAGAGAGCCAGCAGUGGAACUUUCCGCUGCUAUUUUGCUCCAACCAAAGGGAAAGAAUUAGCACGCUGGAGUUACGGAGACAAUAUGCUUGUAGCUUUUUAUAGGUGUGUUUUUCUAACCUAACACAAUUACAAACACAGUUACAAACACUUCCCCAAUACCUUUUGUACUUUAUAAAAUGACACCUAUUUUUUCAACACUUUCUUAAAAAAUAGAUUUCCGCCUAUUUCUUUGGUUCUGCUUUUAAGAAUGUGAUCAACAGAAAGUUUGACAUUCUACAGCCAGGAGAACCUGUAAAUGGAGUCUUUCAGCAUUUUAGAAUACUUACUAUACUUUUCAUUUAAUUUUUCCAGAAGAUUAAUGUGAAUAACUUUUCCCUCCCCCCCCCGCUUUAAUGUGAAGGAAUUUUCCUUUCCACAUGAUUCUAUUGUUGUUGUUAUUGUUGUUGUUGUUGUUAAAUCUCAGCUUUUUUUGCUAAAAGCCAGGACUGAAGGUUUCCUGGUAUAUUUGCAUCGUAAGUUUUGUAUCCAGUGUGAAUCAGAAUAGUAGAUUUAAUUUCUAACAGACAGCACUGAGGUUAGCUACAAUAUUAUAGUAUUAGCAUGGUGUGUGAGCUUUCAAUAACAGAAAAACUUGUGAGAAGGGAUGGCUAUUGUAGUCUUUAUUACGUAUAAUAAUUCAAAUAAGUGGUGAGAGCGGUCCACCCCCACCUUGCCUCUGCCUUUAGCAUUUAUAGAGACAGGAAUUCAUUACCUGACGCUGUAUCCCAGCAUGGUAACGGAAGGCUCCAUGGGAGCUGAAAAGCACAGGAGCAUUGCAGGAAGAUGUGGCUGGCAUCUCAAAUGUGGACAUGUGAUCAAAUGCCAUUGUUGCUAUGCAAAGUCUCAGAGCUUUUGCCCCUGGGCCUCUUCACCCCCCAUCUUACACUGAUUUUAGCUGGAGCAGCUGCUUCAGACACUUAAUUACAAAGAGGAAAGAUAUGUGAGGCUUAGAAACCCUGAUCAGUUCUGGCUGCAAAAGGCAGGGCAUACUCACUGCUGUGCCGGUAAACAAACACCCACCUACCCCAAAGGGAAAAGGAACAGGGGAACAAUAGCAUUUGCCAUCCUUACUUGUGGCUGCAGAUGAAUUGGUGGUCCAGAUUGUUGCUUUUCACGUGUUGUUAAAAGCAAACACUGCUGUGACUGGAACUAGUGGUGAGUUAAAGGAAGCCCAGCGAGGCAGGAAUUUGGGGCAUAACUCCCUAGCAUCUUUGGUCAGAGCCUGGUCUCUACAUGUAACAGAAUGGACCAUGCCACUUCAGGUUCCAGGUGCCUUUCACACUUCUCCAUGCAAAAUGCUCCCUGCAUGCAGAAAUCUAGCAUGGGAAGGCUUUUGUCCUUCUUGUCCUGGUUUUCUACAUGCAGGGAGUUUCUGGUGCAGGGCAUCAUUUGAAACCAACUACACUUUGCAGCUACACUGCAAAGUGUAGCCCAGGGAUGGGGAACCUACAUCCUUCCAGACGUUGCUGGACUCCAACUCCCAUCAGCCCCUUUCACUUUGACAGUAGUCAGGGAUGAUAGGGGCUGCAGCCCAGCAACGACUGGAUGGCCACAGGCAACCAAUCCCCAGUGUGGACCAAGCAGAGGCAAGUGAUGGACUUGCCCCUCCCUCGGAAGAAACGAAAACGCAAUUUAUGCUGAACACCCAUCCACCAGAAGUGCAGUUAAUAUUGUUUGUGAAAAUGUUUUCUUUCUCUCUUUUUUUUAACCUCCCUCUCCCUAUCAAAAUAUAAGUCUAAAACAUAUAUUCUUUCACAUGAUUACUGUAUUGUUAUUUUAAUAAAUAAAUAUCUUUAUUUAA